AUGGUUCAACUUCUAACAGUCUUGCUGGGUCUGGCAGCACUUACCCAAAGCGUCUUCGCCGCUGACCUAGUGCCCCGUACGUGGCAAGGAAAGCAGUAUGGCUGCAAAUGCUACUUUGGAGAUGCAUGCUGGCCCAAGUCUAAUGACUGGGCCCAGCUGAACACGACCGUCGAGGGGAACCUGCAUGCCCAUAUCCCUCCGGAAGCUGUCUGUCACAACACUUUCAACGGCACACUCGGCACAAUCCAAACAUACGAUGAGGCAAAAUGUGCUGAGGUUACCGCUAUCUACACGGAUGAGCAAUGGACAACUGAUCAACUGGGUCUCAACCUGUGGAAGUAUUUCACCAACGCAACAUGCCAGCCUACUGAAAACCCCGAAGAGCCUUGCAACUAUGGCGUAUAUGUCAUCGGGGCGACCAAAAAGGAACACAUCAAAGCCGGGGUCGACUUUGCGAGGAACAACAACCUCCGCCUCAUCAUCCGCAAUACGGGCCACGACUUCAUCGGACGCAGUACGGGCUGGGGUGCUCUCAUCAUCAACACCCACAGCUUCCAGGACAUCACUUUCACCGAGCAAUGGAUUGGUCCCGGUGACUAUUCCGGCAACGCUGUUACGCUCGGCGCCGGAGUCCAAGGCCGCGCCCUGCUGAGGGCGGCCAACGCACAAGACCCUCCCGUCGUCGUUGUCACUGGCGAGUGCCCCACCGUAGGCGUCGCCGGAGGUCUCGUUGCCGGCGGCGGCCACGGCCCUCUGACGACACUUCACGGCAUGACUGCCGACAACGCACUCGAGUUCGAGGCCAUCACCGCCGAAGGCGAGUACGUCACCGCCAACGCUGACGAGAAUGCGGAUCUCUUCUUCGGCCUCAAGGGCGGCGGUCCUUCUUCAUACGCCGUUGUGACUUCAGUGACGUUCCGGACGUACCCCGAGGAAAAGGCAGCCGGCGGUGUUCUAUACAUCAAUGGUACCAGCGGGGUCAACGAGACGACUUUCUGGGAGGGUGUGCGCGUGUUCCACAAAUGGUCUAAUCAUUUCGUCGACAACGGCUUGUACGUUUACUGGGAGCUCGGUUCGAUGAUGCUCAAUGUGCAACCGUUUGUGGCGUUUGGGAAGACGCAGGGGGAACUCGACGCGAUUAUCAAGCCUAUGCUCGAUGAGCUCAGGGCCAACAACGUCCCCUUUGAGUCUUCCACCAAAGGCUUUGGGUCAUUUUUCGCUCUUUACACGGACCUAUUCCAAGACGAGCAGGCGGGCACCCACGCCUUGACUGGUGGGUGGAUGUUCAGCCACGCUGAUGUUGAGAAGCGAAACGACCAGAUCGUCGACGCUUUCAAGACUGUUGCCACCCCCCGAGAAGGACUGGCUGGUUUCAUGGUGGGACAUUUUUGGAAUGCUGGGCAUGCAUGGCCGGUGGCAAACAGUGCGACACAUCCAGCCUUCAGAAACGCGACCAACUUCAUCAUCAGUGUCCUACCGGUGCCUAUUGGUGCCAGUCUUGAACAGAAGGCUGACCUGCAAGACGUCUUGACCAACGUUCAGGAUGAGGCCUUGAGACAGGCUGGUCCCGAUGGGUGUACCUAUGUCAACGAGGCUGAUCCCUUCCAACCCAAUUGGCAAGACGCUUUCUGGGGUUCGGUCUACCCUACGCUGCUUGAGUUGCGUAAGAAGUGGGACCCCAACGGCAUUUUCUACGCCGUCGCGACUCCUGGUACAGAAGACUGGGAAGAGAUCGAGUAUAACACAAGACUUUGCAAGAAGCUUUAG